AUGGACACACAGAAAUAUCGGUUGCCCGACCACAUAAAUGGCAAUGGAACCAAAGUCACUCUAGAUACUCGGCGCGAGCACCUCGAGCGAAUUACGCGUCCGCCAUCUCCCAAGGAGUACCCCCCUCUUCCCUCCUCGCCUCCUGCUGCUCCUCCCUCUCACUCACCUUCGCAUUCCUUCUCUUAUUUUACCCAGGGCCACAAUCGGCCCGGAUCAAUAUAUACUCUUUCCCGGGUGUCGUUUGCGAACCAGCUUGCUCAACUGACUAUGCUUGGGAUUCCCGAUGCCGAGGCCCUCUCCAGCAAAGUGUCGUCUAUCCCAACAGCCCCAGUGGCUUCCAAGGCGUUGAUCAAUGCCGCUGAGCAGAUCCGGAGCUGGAUUUCCAAAGCCUUGGAGGUGGUUAGUGGAUUGGACAGUGAGGAUGAUGUCGAGUGGGCCGCUGCUGGUGGCCGUGAAGGUCUAGAGGAGGUUGAGAGCGCCAUUAAUCGAUUCGAGCAUCUCAUCAACGCCUAUGUUAAUGCCAUCGAUGAACUACAAAACCGACAUGAUAUCGCGACCGUCUCAACAGACGACCUCAGGCAGGCUGUUACUCAGAUGGAGGCCAUAGCUGAAGAAUGGGGCCGGAUAAAGCUAACCUUGCAAAGUGUGCGGAACCAGGUUGAAAUUGCCAUGGAGUGGGAGGAGCUUUGGAACAGCGUACUGGGCGAUAUACAGGGCGAGAUGGAGGAGCUCACGCGGCUCGUCUUCGAGAUGGAAGAGCGUCGCCACAAGAGCCUUGCCGUCGUUGCAAGCGGCGAUAACGUCGAUAUCGGAGAUCUCGAGACCAUCGUUGAAGAUAACCCUAUCUCGGCCGCCCGGCUGGCGCCCUCGAACCGCUUUAGUCUGGCCCUGCCGCUAACCCCCAACUCGCCGGGAACUUCGACCCUGUCUCAGGAUGAUUCCAGUCUGCUCGCCCUCUUUGCCAGGAUGCAGCCCUUGAGAGCUUCCCUAGACUUUUUGCCCAUGCGACUCUCCGUCUUCGAGGCGCGGGCGAAGCACGCCUUCCCAACCGCAUGUGAAGAAUUGGAAAUGCGCCGUGAUGGCCUAGAUGGAAGCUAUAAGAAGCUGGAAAAGGAUGCCGAGUCCCUGCGCAAGGAGCUUGGUGAGGAUAGAUGGGUCAUUGUCUUCCGAGGCGCAGGACGGCAGGCUCAAAAGAUGCACGAAUCCGUCGAGCGGUCUCUGAUGAAGCUGAGGGAGGCAAUCGACUCAGGCAUGCAUUUGACGAACCAGCCUUCCAUUGCCAAAAAGAUUGAGAGCUACGAGGCAAAGAAGACCCAUUAUGGCCCUGCCAUUGAGCGUGUCCUGGCCAUUAUUGACAAGGGCGUCAAGGAUCGCUUGACCGUCAACGGCGAAAUCCUGCGUCUUCACACGGAAAUGCAAACGCGAUGGGCGUCGCUGAAGCUCGACGUUGCAGAGAUGGAUGCCGUUCUCGAGGAUAUUUACGCAGAAAGAAAGAGUCAGCAGCUGCGAGAUUCCAUCUCCAGUAUGCUCUCCAACGACAGAUCAACCAGUGGCAGCGGCAUGGAGACCCCGGGAAGCUCUCCGCCUUCGUCAGUGAUCAUGACGACGCUUGGUCUCGAUCCGCAUACGCCUGCACGGAAAUAUACUGGUAACCAGCUUCGUUCGCCCAAUGCGAGCGGCUCUAGCCUCCGGUCGACUUCAAGCAGGAGGGACUCGUCGCUACCGGCUCCUGUCACAAAGCUUUCCAAGAAGCCUGGAACCAGACACUCUACAUAUUACCCCCCUUCUGCCUCCUCCUCGACUCUUCGGCCUUCGUCCACUAUGGGGCACCGGCCCCGAUGGAACACCUCCUCCAAUAACCUAGAAGGUGAGGCUCGCAGCCCGUACAGGACGCCGGCGCCCCAAAGGUCAACGUCGGCCAUCACGCCGAUAUCUACCUCCAAGCUCCCCACCCCUCGAAGCUCUCUAACACGCGCUGGCUCUGAUUCCCCCAUGUCGGAAUCGUUUCCCAGGUCGUUUUCCAGGGGUGGCUCUCGACUGUCGUUCCGUGAGCGCCUCACGUCCCCUGGGCCCUAUUCUCAAAGCAGCAUGGCAAAGCAACAGCCAGCUCGUCGAUCCAACGUGGGGCCAUCUUCUUCGACCCUGAACCUGGAUAGCCUGAACAACCGUCCCAGCAGCUCUUUGGCUUCAACCCGCCGGAGCAGCUUGUUGCCAAUGCCGAGGGGCAGGCCAGACUCAACCCGUGGAUCGAGCCCUCUUCCCAUUUUCAGCCGGUUUAGCUCUCGCAAAUACAGCGACAAUUCACCCGAGCCAAAGGAUCUCAAGCCCAGGUGGCGA